AUGGGAGCUAAUUAAUCUAGUAGAAUUUAUAAUGUUCCAAUAGAUGAAAAGAAGGAUGGCUACUCUUAAAUAAUGAGACAUCCUAAAUAUAUAGAUAAGCUUGAAUAUAAACCAAUACCUGAAAUAGAUAAUGUUUAAGAUCUUGUUCUACAUGGGUACAGCAAUAGUAAAGAAAUGAAUUUUUUUGGUAAAAAAAACCCUGUUUCUAAUGAAUUUGAGUAUAUGACAUACGAUUAGGUUAUUGAAUAGGCAAAAUAAUUAGGCUCUGCAGUUAAAAAUCUAUAAUUCUUGAAAGAGUCAAGUGAAUAAAGCAAUUAAAAAAUGGAAUUAAUUGGAAUAUACUCAAAAAAUAGAAUUGAAUGGGGGAUAGCAGAUAUUGCCAAUUCAUUAUAUGGAUAUACUAUGGUGCCUUUAUAUGAUUCAUUGGGUCCUGAUUCAAUUAGUUAUGUCCUUGCUAAUUCAGAAAUCACUACUUGUUAUUGUUCUGCUGCUUCUGUAUUAACUCUAUCAAAAACAAAAGAUUUGCAUCACUUAAAGAAUAUUAUUUCAUUUGAUCACGUUUCAGAGGAUUUAAUUGAAUUAGUAAAGCAAAGAGGAAUUGUUGUGCAUUUAUUCAAAGACAUUGUUGAAAAGGGAAGUUUGAAUGUCCUGCCUCUACCUAAAUUAACUAGAGAUACAAUUUUUACAUUUUGCUAUACUUCUGGCACAACAGGUAAUCCUAAAUCUGCUAUGAUUUCUCAUAAGAAUAUUUUAGCAUCAGUUACAAAUUAUGACAAGUCAGAUUGUUUUCUCACUUAAGAUGAUGUUCACCUAAGCUACUUACCUCUUCCCCAUAUAUAUGAGCGUUUUAUAAAUGUAUAUUGUUGGUUUAAAGGUACUAAAAUUGCCUUUUACUCAGGAGAUGUUCACAAAAUUUAAGAAGAUAUAAUUGCUUCAAAGCCUACUUGCUUUUCAGCCGUCCCUCGUUUAUUGAAUAGAUUUUAUGAUGCUAUCAACUCCAAGCUAAAUUAAGCCACUGGAUUUUAAAAAAUUCUCAUUUAACACGCUCUUCAAACAAAGCUUGAAAACAUAUAAAAAAACGGUGUUUAUACACACAUUUUAUAUGACAAGAUAAUUUUCAACAAAAUAAGAGAGCAGUUUGGUGGAAGAAUUAGAUAAUUAGUUUGCGGAUCCGCUCCUACUUCUCCUAAAGUUUUCGAUUUUUUUAAAGCAGUUUUGUCUUGUUCAGUUAUUGAAGGCUUUGGAUAAACAGAACUAAGUGGAGUAGUGACUAUUCAAGUAAAAGCUGAUCCUAAAAUGGGUAAUGUCGGAGGUAUUGGUCCAAGCUCAGAGCUAAAACUUGAAGAUGUCCCUGAAAUGGAAUACCUGAGCACAGACAAAGAUGAGUUAGGUAAUCCCAAACCAAGAGGUGAGAUUUGUGUUAGAGGUUACAAUGUAUUUUCAGGUUAUUACAAAGAUGAAGAGAAAACAAAAGAAGCUAUUGACUAAGAAGGAUGGUUUCAUACUGGUGAUAUAGGUGAAAUUAUUCCUAAUGGAGGGCUAAAAAUCAUAGACAGAAAAAAGAAUCUAUUUAAACUCAGCUAGGCAGAAUAUGUAUCUCCAGAAAAGGUUGAGAACAUCUAUGUACGUGCUAGAGGAGUUUAGGAAGUUUACAUUCACGGUGAAUCACUUUAUAAUUAUUGCAUAGGAAUAAUUGUUCCAAGUUAGGAAGAAUUACUAAAGAUUGCUGCUGAGUUAAAUAUUUCUGAAACUGAUAUUGCUUCUCUUUGUAAGAAUUAGCAAAUCAUUUCUUGGUAUAUAAAAACUAUUCAUAAUCUUGGUAAACAUGAAGGGCUCUUUAGUUUUGAAUAGCCUAAAAAAAUAUAUCUUGAACCAAAAUCAUUUUUAGUAAUUGGAUGUGUUACAAACAGCUUUAAACUUCAACGUCAUCAUGCUAAGAAUUACUUCAAGAAUAUAAUAUAAGAAUUAUAUAACAAUAAUAACAAUUAAUGA